CACGAAUCGAAGUUGUCGGAUAGCAGCAUGUCGACAUCUACGCAUCGGCCGAAGAAGCAAUACAUCGACCCUGAGAUGGCUGUGACGAUCGACGAUGUUCGUGAAGGGCGUAUGCCACCACUCGAAAAGCUGAACAUGGAGUCUGCAGUCACCUACGUUGAUCCGAACUCCAAUCCUGCCUCGACCACAUAUCAAUGUGAGAGCACUGGUUCUUGGGUGAUUCCAGGUCGUCGUCACAGUCGUGGGCGUUCGCCCGUCUCUAGCAGACGCCGCAGAAGCUCGCCAUAUGGUCGGACUGUGUCGAGCGCCACAUCUUUCACACAAGAGUCUCCUACUAGACGUUACGCAUUCGAUGACGAGGACAGCUGUAGCGAAGCAGCAGACAUCAAGCCCUUGGAACGUAAGUCUACAUCAGAGACGCUCAUGGAGGAGACAGCUGGCACAUCGGCACCCGCUGGGUCUGCAAAUGUGGAGUCCGCCACUGCUCUUGCGACCUCAAAAGCUCCAGUCCUGCGAAGACGAGACACUUGGCCCAGCAGAGAAUUCCUGCACACCGACUCCGGCUUUGACGAGACUAUGAUCGAGGACAUCGAACGCGGCCGACCCUCUACACCACUAGAACAAGGCUCAACACAUAGCGAUUACCACACGCCUGCAACCCACUACAACGGAGACGCAACGCAUAGCGAUACUACUACUUUAAUGAAUUACGACAGGGAAGGCGCAGGCAUACCGGGCUUACAGGACGGUGCUAUGGCGCUGGGAAAGGAGGUUGAAGAUUUUUGAUAGCGUUCUCGCUAGAAAGAUAUGCCUAUGCCUAUUGAUGUAUUUAUGAAUCGAUGAGCUAAGUACUGGAGCUCGUCGGCACUUUUCGAUG